UCAGACGUGGGCGCGGCAACUGUGAGCGACCAGCGACAGGCGAAAAGGAGAAGGAGAACAAGAAAGAGAACGCAGCUCAAAUAUAGCAGCGCGCGCCCACCAAACAAGUGAUACCAGCCACGACGCGCGGCUACGUCGCCCGCCUUGCCUUCCCCUUCCCCUUCCCCCUACACGUCGCAUCACGUCUCCACCGGCCGGCGGGGGCCAUGCGGCGCGCGGUGCCCGUGCACGCGCGGUACAUGUCGGUGUCGUGCCGUCCCGGCGUCGCCUUCGCCUCACCGUAAAGCCCACGGCUCCUCCACCCGCUGCUGCACACCGACGACGCCGCCCCAACCAACGCCCGCUCGCGAGCAGAGCACCACGAGCCACUAAAAGCAUCGGCCCCCGACGAUCGUCCCCGCCCCAUGCGCCCAUGGACACGGUCGUGCUCGUGGCCACGGCCGCGCGCCGCCUCCUCGGCGAUGGCACCCACGACCAUCGCGCCCACCACGGCGGAGGCGCGUCCGCGUCGCCCCCAAGGCCAGGUGCGGCGAGUGUCCCGCUCCCGGCGAGGCCACCGCCGCGGGAGUCGUUCCCUAUGCUGCUGCCCGUGUUCAUCCUCUUCGUGCUCCUCCUCUGCUUCCUCUCCAUCUUCCUCCUGCGCGACCUCCUCCACUUCUUCUCCCUCUGGCUGCGCCGCCGGCGCCGCCUCCGCGCCGCCGGUGGUUCCGACGCCGCGUCCGGCGCCGGCGCCAGCGCCAGCGCCGACGCCACGCCGGACGCGCAUGCGCCGCACAAGCCGGCCGGUCUCGACCCCGCGGUCCUCGCCACGUUCCCCACGGUGCGGUGGUUCGAGGAGACGCACCAGCCGGCCGCGUCGGGGCACGCCGAGUGCGCGGUCUGCCUGUCGGAGUUCGCCGCGGGCGACGCGGUGCGCCUGCUCACCGUCUGCCGCCACGCGUUCCACACGGCGUGCAUCGACUCGUGGCUCGGCGACCACACCACGUGCCCCGUGUGCCGCUCCGAACUGGACGCGCCGCCUGCCACACGCCGCUGCGGCGACGGCGGACGCAUCGCGAUCGUGGUAGACGACCACGGAGCCAGCACGGCGGCGGUGGCGGACACCGACCAUGCGACAUCACCCCCGGCGAGCGGUGGCGUGCAAUCGCGCCCUGACCGGUGACAUACAUCUUGGCUGAUCGCCCAGUGCCGGCGGCUUCUUGUUUAGAUAUCCUUUUCUCUUUUUUCUUUUUCAUUUUUUUAGUGUUGUGUACGUGUUAGGUUUGAGAAGAUAGCUAGCUCACACGGACGGGGUCUUGCAGGAAAUUAGAAAUGUGAAUUUUUUUGGUAUGUGAAUUUUCUAUAUAUGCUGAAUGAAUGAACAAAGCAGACGUUCAUACCCAAUUACAGAUAUGUACACGCAUGCUAAAUCAUGCAUUGAUGGGAGGUAAAUAUUUUACGAAAA